AUGAGGUGCCCAGCAGGCUUCCUCCUCUGCUCACUACUGCUGGUGGCCACCCAUUGCACAGAGGUGGCCACCCAGGAGGUCCAGCCCGACCCCAAAACACCGUGUGCCAACUGGAUGGGAGGAGCGCCUGGCUACCCCGGCCACAACGGGCUCCCUGGCCGGGACGGGAAAGAUGGAAAAGAUGGACUAAAGGGAGAGAAAGGAGAGGAAGGUGUGCAAGGCCCCAAAGGCGACCAAGGCGAAAUAGGAGUCCCGGGGCGGGAAGGGCCAAGAGGAUUUCCCGGAUACUCAGGGCAGAAGGGGGAGAAGGGCGAAGGUGCCUUCAUCUACCGCUCCGCCUUCAGCGUGGGGCUAACAGAGCGAGCCCCCCACCCCAACGUCCCCAUCCGCUUCAGCAAGAUCUUCUACAACGAGCAGAGCCACUAUGAUGCCAGCACUGGCAAGUUCCUCUGCAGCAUCCCUGGCACAUACUACUUCACCUACCACCUGACGGUCUACCUGUCGGACGUCAAGGUCAGCCUCUACAAGAAGGACAAGGCGGUGAUCUUCACCUACGACCAGUUCCAGCAGAACAACGUUGACCAAGCGAGUGGUUCUGUCUUGCUGCACCUCAGUGCUGGGGAUGAAGUCUGGCUUCAGGUGUACGGGGAGGGGGAUAAAAAUGGCGUCUACGCUGACAACAUCAACGAUUCCACUUUCAUGGGCUUCCUCCUGUACCCAGACCUGGAUGUCCAUUAA